CUGAACUGAAAUUUUUUUCGUGAAUCUCAAAUUUCCAAUUUUUAUCAGCACUUAAAGUAUUCAAAUUUAUGUUGUCGUAUUAAAAUAAAUUUUAAAUUUUUUAAAAGUGUGAAUCUAGUCAUUCUAUAAGCAGUCGUUGAUGAUUGAAGACGCGAUGUUAUUAAGAAAACCUGAUUUUUUAAGUUUUGUUAAGUUCGCUGGAUUUUCAACAUUCUCAGGUCUUGUUACGCAUUAUCUGAUGAAUCCACGAGAGAAAACCAUUGUUAAUGAGACGAAUGUUGUUGUUGCAACAGGAUGUGAUUCUGGACUUGGAUAUUCAAUGGUUUUACAUUGCCAUGAAAAGUUAAGAAUGUCAGUGGUUGCAUGUGUCCAUCAAUUGAACAGCACAGGAGCAUUAAAGCUGAAAAAAAUGUUCGAGAACUCAGAUCGAUUCCGAAUGAUUGAGCUUGAAAUCACAGAGGACGAGAGCAUCAGUGAAGUGAAAAAGUUCGUUAAUGACCUACUUGAAACCGACAAAGAAUUAGAACUGACUGCAUUGGUAAACAAUUGUGGAGUUAUGGUCUUUGGCGAAGCUGAAUGGCAAACGAAUAAAAUCAUUGAUCAACAAAUAAAUGUGAAUUUAAAUGGAACAAUUAAAAUGACCACAGCCAUGCUACCUCUUAUCAGAAAGCACAAAUCUCGUAUUAUUAAUGUAACAAGCCAUUGCGGGUUCAGAAAUCUCCCAACAUUGUCGGUUUAUGGAGCAACAAAAGCAGGACUUAUGUCUUAUACAGAAGGUCUUCGUUUAGAAAUGCAGCAAUAUGGCGUUGAUGUUGUUGAGUUUACACCUGGAUCAUUCAUAAUGAACUCAAAUAUUACUGCAAAUCAGCUAGUCUAUGCAGCUGAGAUGAGAGAUUCCUUUGAUGAGGAACAAAAGAAAUUUUAUGGUGAAUAUUUUGAUCACCUGAACAUGUACUUAUCAACUAUAUCCGGCGAAAAAGAUCCACAAAUAUUGCCAAAUCCCCUCAUUAUGAGCACUUUCGAGGAAGCUUUAUUGGAAACACCACCAAAACGUCGUUAUAUCUGUGAGCCAUGGAGAUAUAAAUGGUAUCACUUGCUAUUCAGAAUCUCACCAGCACCAAUAGCUGAUUGGCUAGUAUGUAAAUUCAUGAGUAUGCCGCGAUUUAACUCUAAAGCUAUAAAAAAUUAAACUGUGAACUUAAUAGAUGAUUUGUAAGAUUAAUGAAACCUAUGCAUUUAUGGACUACGCAAUUUGAAAUUCCAAUUGAAAAAAUUUUAAUUUUUGAUUUUAUUUCAAUAGCGACAAAAGUAACUUAAUAAAUUUUAAAUGUUCG